AUAGAAAAUCUCUUUUAUUUUCAAAAGGGCAACUUUUUUUAUUUUUCUCAAUUUUUGUUUGGUUUCCAUUUGGAAAAACCGAAAAAGCUCUAAUUUUUCUUGAGCUCCAUCAAAAAGGGGAUUGCAGGAAAGAGCAUCAUCGUUGCCAUGUCGCGGCAUAGAUCCAGAAGAUUAGAACUACCUCCGGCUCAAGAGAAUAUUGAAAAAUUGGAGAAAGUUAUAAAUGAGGGCAACUGUUAUGGGGCUCAACAAAUGUACAAAUCGAUUAGUGCCAGAUAUGUAUCUGCUGAGAGGUAUUCUGAAGCAUUAGAUAUCCUACAUUCAGGAGCUUGCCUUCAAUUGACUCAUGGGCAGGUUACAUGCGGAGCAGAGCUUGCUUCAAUGUAUGUGGAGACCUUGGUGAAAGGGAAAAUUCCUUAUGAUGAAAAAACACUUGAUCUUGUCAAGAAAAUCUAUCAGGCAUUUCCUCGGGUUCCACUGCCACAACACUUGUGGGAUGUUGAUGACGUGCAGCAGCUUUCUGAAGACAUCGGAACGGCAAAGGCACGUGUUGAAGGCUGUUCCUCAUUCUUAAAAGCUGCUAUCAGAUGGUCAGCCGAAUAUGGAGCAGAUAGUAAUGGAUCUCCUGAACUGCACAUUAUGCUAGCCGAAUACAUAUAUUCGGAAAGUCCUGAAGCGGAUAUAGGUAAAGUAACAUAUCAUUUUACGAGAGGAAAUGAUCCAAAGAAGUUUGCUUCUACUCUGGUGAACUUUCUGGGCAAGUGCUAUCCUGGUGAAGAUGAUCUGGCGAUUGCUCGAGUGGUUUUAAGGUAUUUGUCUCAAGGUAAUUUGAGAGAUGCCAACCUACUAGUUGAAGAGGUAAAGACACAAAUCGAAUCCACCGAGAUUGAGUUCCCAAAGUCAGAGUUAAUGCAGUUCAUCACUUAUCUUUUGCAAACGAUGGAGAGAGAUGCUUUGCCUCUUUUUAAUAUGUUGAGAGUAAAUUAUAAGUCAAGUAUUGACAGGGAACCUGCAUUCCAUGAGAUGCUAGAUGACAUUGCAGAGAAGUUUUUUGGAGUACAGAGAAGGAAUCCCAUGGGGAUGUUUGGAGAUAUAUUCAAGUUGAUGGGGUCUGCUGAAUGAGUUACUCAUUGUUGAAACACUGCCAGAUAGGACAGCAACUUCUAUUGAAAAUUCUGAUAAUUAUAGCACCUUUAUUUUCAUUCUUUUUUAGGAUAGAGCAAUCUAUCUCAGUAAACAAAAGCUGUGUGAUCUCUUGAUAUAGUUUAUUUUUGGUGAAUUUAUUGUGAUUUAUAAAUGCUAGAUUCACAAAUUUGCUUAGUACUCAUUUCAAGAGUUAUUUGCUGUAAAAACUUCUACAGUGGAGAUUGAUUGCUUUUUAUUAGUCUUUCAUUUCCAUGUCACAGCAA